CAGGUUUGAUCUCAGCCGUCAUCAAGUCGCCAUGGCUGCUCUCUCGUUCCUUUCACUCUUCUCGAUCGUCUUGCUCACUCUGACCCUGUGUAUGCGCCCUCAGAGAACUCAGGUUUCUCUGUCAAUUCGACCACUCGCCGCCGCCAAAACCUGGCGGAUGCGCUACUCGCCACGACUCAACUUUCGCCCACGCCCCGCACGCAAUGCUUGCUCCCAAACACCCGUGCUGCCAAGGCGUGAAAUGCGCUCUGCGCUCUGCGCACCCUCAAGCAUGUCGUAGCUCAAGUUGCUAGUGUGACUCCCAACUCAGGCUCCGGGCCUAACGAUUCCCAAUUCUGUCGACAAAGCUGCAAUCGGAUGGUUCCGGCAGUAUGCGCAUAGAGGAAGUCGUUGACCAGGAACCGUAGCACCGGUGAGUGGCCACAUCUAUGAUCCAUACCUCUUCCCAUACGUGUCCCGCAUCU